AUGAUUGUCCAAGAGAUCUGGGGGUGCAUUUCGCUGCCCCGGCUGCUUCUGGGGGUGAGCGUUUUGCUAGGCAUUUUAACGAGUGGGUAUGUCAUCUACAACCGGUUCUUCCACCCGCUGCGCCGGAUCAAAGGCCCCGUCCUGGCGUCCGUCACGCCCUGGGUGCAACUAUACCACGGCCUGAAAGGCGACCGCCACCUGUGGCUUCAUCGCCUGCACCAGGAGUACGGGACGCACGUGCGCGUGGCGCCCAAUUUCGUCUCCGUCAACACGGCGCAGGGUCUACACGACAUCUACGGGCACGGAAAGCGGCUGAAGAAGGCCAAUUUCUACAAUGCCUUCCCGGCCAUCAAGGGCGUGUACAACACGCACAACGUGAUCGAUAAGACGGUGCACGGGCGCAAGCGCCGCGUGCUGAGCCAGGCGUUCUCCGACCAGGCGCUCAAGAGCAUGGAGGACGUCAUCCUGCUGCAUGUGCGCCAGCUGUGUGCGGCGCUGGCGGGCCCGCAGGCCGACGGCCACCAUGCCGAGGAGCAAAAGGGCACCGUGCAGAACAUCGGCGACUGGUUCAGCUACCUCACUUAUGACGUUAUGGGCGAGCUGUGCUUUGGCAAGAGCUUCGACAUGCUUGUUUCCAGCGGCCGGCGGAAGAUGAUCGAGCUGGUCGAUCGCGCGGCGAACCGGCAUUAUGUGUGUGGCCUGUGGAUGCCUCUGGAUAGCUGGCACCUGGACCAGAUCUUCAUCCACCGGCUGACGAACGACCGGUGGAACUUCAUCAUGAAGUCGCGGGUGGAGGCCAACGAGCGGGCCAAGGAGCGCGCGCAAGCGGGCCACGACUCCAAGAAGGACUUCUUCUACUAUCUGCUCAACGCCAAAGACCCCGAGACAGGCAAGGGCCUGACGACACCCGAGCUCUGGGGCGAGGCCAACGUGCUCAUGAUCGCGGGCAGCGACACGACCUCGACGACCCUGGCGGCGACCAUCUUCUACCUGGUGCGCAAUCCGGCGGCGCUGGCCAAGCUGAAGAAAGAGGUCCGCGAGGCCUUCAGCACGGUCGAGGACAUCGUCAGCGGCGCCAAGCUAAACGAGCUGUUGUAUCUGAAGGCGUGCCUGGACGAGGCGCUGCGGCUGGCGCCCGCCGUGCCGGGCGCGCCGCCGCGCGAGGUCAUGGAGGGCGGCGCCGUCGUGGACGGGGUGUUCCUCCCCGCGGGCACGGACUGCGGGACCCCCACGCUCUCCAUCCACCGCCAGCCGCAGUACUACCGCGAGCCGGGGGCGUAUCUGCCCGAGCGGUGGAUCGAGGGCGCGACGUGUCGGGCCCCGACGGGCGACGAGUGGCAGACCACGAAAGAGGACGUUGAGACGGCGCGUCGCGCGUUCUGCCCGUUCAGUAUCGGGCCGCGCGGGUGCAUUGGGAAAAGUAUGGCGUUUAUGGAGAUGCGCCUAACGAUUGCGCGGCUGAUGUUCCUAUACGACCUGGAAAAGGCCGAUGGCACCGGCGAAGACGAAGAGGGCCAUCUGGCGUUGGUGGACCAUUUCACCAGCGCCAAGCAGGGACCGAACGUGAUUGUCCGCCGGAGAGCUGAGUAG